AUGUUCAGCCACCAGCGGGAGGAGGUCGCCGCGGUGGCCGCCGGCAGCGCCGCCCACUGCGGCCUCUACUGCCAGCUGGAGUCGGCCUGCACCGCAGUCCAGUUCGACCUGAACGGUUGCCGCCUGCUGGGCUGCGACCCCGGCUGGAGCGGCGACUGCGGCAACUGCUACGCCUUCAUCAACGACGAGCUGAGGUGGACGAAGGCGAAGGAGGCAUGCGAGACACUCCACACCGGCUCCCAGCUGGCCUCCAUCCUCUCCGCGGAGGAGAACCAGUUUGUCCGCGCCAUGGUCCAGGCCCAUAACGACUCGACGCGGUUUGUUAACAUCGGUCUGCACUACGAGCCGACAUGGAGGGCGUACGAGUUCCGCUGGCUCGACGGCAGCCCACUCAACUUCACCAACUGGCUAGAAAACCGGCCUGACGGCAAUCUGACCAGAGUUCUGUUCGGCAAAAUGGCAAUCAGCAAUGGCGGUUGGCUUGACACCAGGUCGUAUCAGCGCCAGUCCGUCUGCAAGUACAUCCCUUAG